UCCUGUCCCACAGAGCCGUGUCAGUGUUUCUUCCCUCUUCCAGCACGUUCCACGAGGGUGAGCCAGGGAGAUUCCAAGGGUUCAGAGCGGCCGCUAUGUCUCUGAGAGGCGAAGUGUGUGUGGUGACAGGGGCUGGUGGAUUCCUGGGGGAGAGGUUAGUCCGGCUACUCCUGGAAGAAGAGAGACUUACAGAGAUCCGACUGUUGGACAAACACUUCAGACCCCAGCCCUUACAGGCUCUGGAAGAUUGCAGAGGUGAGACAAAGGUGAGUGUUUUUGAGGGGGACAUUCGGGACAGUAAUCUUCUGAGGAGAGCGUGCCAGGGAGCUACCCUGGUAUUCCACACUGCAUCCCUCAUCGACGUCAUUGGGACUGUGGAGUACAGUGAGCUACAUGGUGUCAACGUCAAAGGGACCCAGCUACUCCUGGAGAUGUGUAUCCAGGAGAACGUGGCCUCCUUUAUCUACACCAGCAGUAUUGAGGUGGCCGGGCCCAAUCCCAGGGGCGAUCCCAUUAUCAACGGUGACGAGGACACCCCAUACACAUCCUCCCUGAAGUUUCCCUACAGCAGAACCAAGGAAGAGGCUGAGCGCGUCACGUUACAAGCCCAGCACGAGGGGCUCCAGAACGGGGGCCGGCUGGCCACCUGCGCCCUCAGGCCCAUGUACAUCUACGGCGAGGGCUGCCGCUUCUUGCUGGGCCACAUGGCUGACGGGAUCAAGAACGGGGACGUGCUGUAUCGCACCUCACUUCCAGAGGCCCGCGUCAACCCGGUGUAUGUGGGAAACGCGGCACUCGGCCACCUCCAGGCAGCCCGCAGCCUCAAGGACCCCCAGAAAAGAGGCACUGUCGGAGGUAACAUCUACUACAUCGCAGACGACACACCUCCAGUCAGCUAUUCUGACUUUAACCACGCCGUGAUGUCAUCACUCGGGUUCCGCAUUCAGGAACGGCCCGUCCUGCCGCUGCCCCUCCUCUACCUCAUUUGCUUCCUGCUGGAGACGCUGCAGGCGCUGCUCCACCCCUUCACACGCUUUGUCCCGCCUCUGAACCGCCAGCUGCUCACCAUGCUGAACACAGCCUUCAGCUUCUCCUAUGGCAAGGCUCAGAGGGAUCUCGGCUACUCCCCCAAGUUCAGCUGGGAGGAGGCUCGAGGGCGCACCACCGACUGGCUUGCUUCCCAGCUGCCCAAGGAGAGAGCUCGAAUAAAGGGCAAAUAGUUUUUGUACAACUGUUUCACCAUUACCAUCCAUUUUAUUACAAUAUAACCCUUGUUAUUGUGUAUGCCAUAAAAUAAGAUGUAGUGCAUAUGAAUGAUCUGAAACUGUACAAUAAAGAUGUGUGAAACAAA